AUGAACGGUAGUACCAGCCUCCCGACGAUCCAGUGGAGUCCUUCGAAGAUCUCCCAGGUGAAAUGCAGACCCAUUACGACUGCCAAUGCUGCUCCGGAGAUGGACGAGAUGAUGCUUCUCAUGACGAGCAUCCAAGACAUCGAUCGCCAGCGAAGUCUGCUCCUGAACAAAGUCCAACAGCGGUGCGCGUCAUCGAGCUUGAGUCCAAAGAAGCGUCAGCCAAGAUCUCUGUCUACUGUGGACUGUCGGCUGGAGCAUCAUCGUCUUUCAACCCCCCAUUGGGACAAGGUGUUCCCGGAAGACGUCGUGCUCUGCACCCAGUGCGGCCUAGACAUCCUUGUCCGAGCACUGAAACUGCACCAUGAUAACGAAUGUACCCAUCGACUGGUGCGGUGUUCCCAAGCAGGAUGUACCGCCAUCUUUAAAGCAAUCUCAAGACAAGCACACGAAGCAAGCGAGUGCGUGGCCACGCGGCGGAAUUCAAAAUGGCUGCAAUUGCAAGCACACGACCUGCAGCUCGUGUGCUGUUUGGACUGCGAAAGCGAAAUCACCGUGCGAGCAAUAAGUGCACAUUUGAAUGCAGAGUGCGUCAAACGUCGUGUGGCGUGCCCUCGGGCGUCUCUUGGCUGCAAGCGCACCGACAUUCCGUUCGACCAGCUGGAAGUGCACGACACGGACGAAUGCAUUGUGGGUGUCCGACGGAGGGCGUUGCUUGCGUCCGCCGUGGCCACGAAUCAAUUGGUGCCUUGUGAUUGGUGCAAUCAACCUGUGGUCAAGCGACAUAUGCUCGACCACAAGGAAGACGAGUGCAUGAUGCGGGAAAGGCAAUGUCCCAAUGCUCAUUUGGGGUGUCGGGAGUGGGUUCCCGUGGGCCAAUUCGACCAGCAUUUGAAGAGCGAGUGCGUCGUGACUAUGGAGCGUCAUGCCAUGGCGGACCAAGCCAAGUUGAAGGACGUGCUGACGCCGUGUCGCGACUGCGGGGCGCUGGUCAAGUUACGUCAUAUGACGUUGCACCGAUCUGCGACAUGUCCUGCCCGUCUCGUGCCUUGUGUGAACGUCAUCCACGGGUGCCAGGCGCAACUGCGGUUCCGCGACCGACAUAUCCAUGAACACGUGGACGUGUCCCCGGAAGCCAGGGCGGCCCUGCGCUUUGCCAGUCGAAGUGGGCAUAUUCGCAUCGGCGGCGGCGACGACAUCAAGCCGCCGUGGUGCGCCGAGUUUUGGGUGUGGCUCCACUCCAAGGAGGACGACGUGUUAUACUUUAUGGAGCAAGCCAUUCGAUGGCAAGAGUGCGUUCGAACCACUACGUCGAGGUUAAAAGAGUGGCAGGACAAGCACAAACAGCUUCAAGAGACCCUCAAACAAGGAACAGUGUCGCAUAUGUCGAAACCCCUGGAAACAGACGCGCUGGAGAUUGGCGAAGGCAUCGCCGGCUGCAAGUCCAUCUUGGCCGAAGCUCGCGCCAGAGUCAAGUCGCUGGUGGCGGACUCCUUGGUCGUGGCCAACACCAUAACUGACCCUUCCGAUCGCGAUGAGCUGAACGCGGCAGUGCGGGCUCAGACGGAACGAUUGCAGCCAGGUUGGACGGCGGACGACUGGGAAUUGUAUGGAAACGUGGGGAAAUGGGCUGAUCUAGUCAACCAAUCAGCCAAGCCAGAGGAGGACCAACAGCACGCGAAGUGGCUGGCAAAACGCCAGCAGUUGCUCCAAGCGAUGGAAUCUCGACAACCGGCCGACCCCCGCGAACUCGCGAGGUUUCUCAAGCAAGCCAAGAAGGAGCUGAGCCGACUGGACGACAAGCUGGCCAAGUGCGUGGACGUCCCGCUGGCGCUGGUGCAGUCGGCCACCCACGGCUUCCACACGCUGGCAAGCUCGGCCACUGCCGGCCUCCACGUCAUGAUGGCGUCCACAGGAAUGCCAGGUGUCCACACGUUUGAAAGACGAGCCAAGUUCAACGUCGACCUGCCCCGCUGCCAAUGGGUUCACAUUGCUUACAACGCUGCAGUGGACCACAUUAGUUUCUUUGUGAACGGCGUCAAGGCUACGUCGGCCAAGGGGUCGUUCCACCUGCCCGUGGCGUUGAUCGGAGCCGAGGAGAAGGCCUUUCGCGGUCAUUUGCAAGAAGUGCGCUUUUGGAGUCAGGACCGACCAGACGUCGCCACGAGCAUGCACGACGUGCUGGGUCUUGUGCCAGAGUUAAGAGGGUACUGGACGUUUGAGGAGGGCGCGGGCGAAUACGUGGACGACAUGGCGGGCCAAUUCCCUCGUUCUGUGGCCGUGAAUGUGGACUGGGUGCGGUAUUCCACCGCGACGGUCCAAGUGCUCGGAGACCCACCCACCGCGUCGUACCGCCAGCGAAACAUGUGCAAAGUCGUCACGAAGCGGGCCUUUCUCGCCCUCAAGCACCACCAGCGAAAUGGCAAAGUCAAGUGCAGUCUUGGAUGCGGCCUAGAGGUGGACACGAAACUCCUGGAGCGCCACCAUAAACUCGACUGCCCCCAUCGCACAAUGAUCUGCCGUGAGCCCUACUGCGGCCACGUCAUCAAAGCAUGCGACCAGCCAGCGCACGACGCCACGUGCGACCUCCGCCGUCUGCGGGAUACGCUGGCGGCCGAGUACUACCGCAAGCAUGAGUUGGUGCAAUGUCCAUUUGGAUGUGGCCUGGAAAUAGCUCGGAAAGCUCUGCCGAAGCACCGAAAGUCCGAGUGCUCCAACCGGCUGGUGCUGUGCGACAAGUGCGGCAGGUCGUACGUCCAGCGCAACACGAGGCGCCAUGACCUACGUGAGUGCGACGCACCUCAAGUGCUCGCGACCAAACUCAUGGUCGUCCGCGCUCGAACCCGCCAGGAAUCCAGGGAACAUCCGGGCCCCAGGCAUCGCACCAAGUCAGCUGGAGAUGUACUUUAACAACAGAAAAAGUAGUUUAACAGUCUGGUUG